UCAUGAGCUCCGGUCAGAGAUCCAAUGACAAAAAGGCCCAACCCGCACAACCGUCAGAAAAAACAUACAAAGCAAAGAGAGUUGCCAGAGCAGAGCUAACGAAGAACGAAGCAAGCUAGCAAGAGCAAGGGUUUAAGUACUUCACUCUCUUUGACUGGGUUUAUGCUAUGCAAGCUAGUGGGCUGGAGGCUAGAGUUGUAUUGGUUGGUAACACUCGUAUAUAUUGCUUAAUUAGGUGUGAUUAAUGACAACUGUUCCGUCAAAAAACAUAUGGAUGAGGAGGCAGCAAUGUCCAUGUGGAGAUUGGAAAUGUUUUGUCACAUAUGAGGGAGAUGCUGAAGAGACAUCAGAAGCAUCCCAAUUGGUUAAAAAUGAUACUGUUAUGUCUGAAUCUAUGGUUGCCCCAUAUGUGGGAAUGGUGUUUAAGAGUGAUGAUGAUGCAUUUGAGUAUUAUGGAAAUUUUGCUCGGAAAAAUGGGUUUUCAAUCAGGAAAGAAAGGUCCAGAUUGAGCCCCCAAUUGGGUGUCUAUAAACGUGACUUUGUUUGUUAUCGCUCUGGAUUUGCUCCUACAAGGAAGAAGCCUGGUGGGGAACACCACAGAGAUAGGAAGUCUGUGCGGUGUGGAUGUGAUGCGAAGAUGUAUUUAUCAAAGGAAGUUGUUGAAGGGGUCUCUCAAUGGUUUGUUGUUCAAUUUAGUAACGUCCAUAAUCAUGAACUUUUGGAAGAUGAUCAAGUGAGACUCCUGCCUGCUUAUAGGAAAAUUCAUGAGGCCGAUCAAGAGAGAAUUUUAUUGCUUUCAAAAGCUGGGUUCCCAAUACAUCGCAUAGUGAAGGUGCUGGAGCUGGAGAAGGGGAUUCAAGGUGGUCAGUUGCCUUUUUUGGAGAGGGAUGUGAGAAAUUUUGUCCAAAAUCGUAAAAAAGUUGUUCAAGGAAAUGAUGCUUUACUCACAGAGAAAAGAGAGAAUGACACAGUGGAACUUGUAGAGGCAUGCAAGGCUUCAAAAGUGACGGAUGAAGACUUUGUCUAUGAUUUUACAGUUGAUGAGAACAAUAAGAUUGAGAAUAUUGCCUGGGCUUAUGCUGACUCUGUUCAUGCAUACAACAUGUUUGGUGAUGUAGUUUACUUUGACACUUCUUACCAGUCAAUCACUUACGGUCUGAUUUUUGGAGCAUGGCUUGGGAUUGACAGCAAUGGUAGAACAAUUUUCUUUGGUUGUGCUUUGUUGCAGGAUGAAACACUCCGUUCAUUUGCUUGGGCUUUGCAGACUUUUGUUCAUUUUAUGAAAGGAAGAUGUCCACAGACCAUUAUAACUGAUCUUGACCCGGGGCUCAAAGAAGCUAUAAGAAGCGAAUUACCUAGCACUAAACAUGUUUUGUCUAUAUGUAAUAUUCUUCCCAAGUUAUCAAGUUGGCUCUCUCUGCCACUAGGAUCUCAGUUUUCACACUUCAAAUCUGAGUUUGAGGCACUAUAUCGUACAGAAAGUCCAGAGGAUUUUGAACUUCGAUGGAGUGAAAUGGUUUCCAUGUUUGGCCUUGGUUCAGAGAAACACAUUGCUUUACUCUAUUCUUUUCGUAUGUCUUGGGCAUUAGCCUACACAAGAGGCUACUUUCUCGCUCAGAUGGCAACAUCUGCCUACUCAAAGGCAGCAGAUGCAGUUCUGAGAGGAAUCUUCAGUGCACAAACAUGUUUACGCAGCUUUUUUGAGCAGGUAGGUUUCUCCACCAAUUUACAAAACCAACAACGUCAAGAUAUGCAAUAUGUGCAUAUAAAAACAUGCAUGCCCAUUGAAGAGCAUGCCCGGAGGACUCUUACAGCUUUUGCCUUUAAUGCUUUUCAACAUGAAUUGGUGCUAGCUAUGCAGUAUGCUGCAUCUGAAAUGGCAAACGGGUCAUAUCUUGUUCGACAUUUCAAGAGGGUUGAUGGUGAACGUCUUGUUGUAUGGAUACCUGAAGAUGAGCAGAUUCAUUGCUCCUGUAAGGAAUUUGAGUCUUCGGGUAUAUUAUGUAGACAUGCUCUUCGUGUGUUCAUUGUAAAGAACUACUUUCAACUUCCUGAUAAGUAUUUUUUAAGUAGAUGGCGGCAAGAAAGCUCUUUAGCAUUUUUCUAUGAUCAUGCAACUCAAAAAAAUGAUGAACAAUGGUAUGAAGAAUUUCAUUCCCUUACUGAAACUCUACUUGCAGAAUCAUCAAUUACAAAAGAGAGAUCUGACUAUAUACAUAAAGCACUGACAAAAGAACUCACGAAGCUUCUUAAUGAGGUUAGAGAUAUGCCAGAGAGUGAUGGAAUUGCUAUGGAGUUUGCUCUUUCACCAACUGAUUGAUAUAGGAGUGAUGUAAACCAAAGAUGUGGCCUACAAAAUCACCAGGUCAAUGUCAUUCAUCGAAGAAAAGAAUAAGCAGUCAAUUGGAAAUGUGAUAGAAGUGAUGGUAGAAAAUCAGAAUGAAAAUUAUCUCUAUGCCAACUUACUGUCAGAGGAGGUAGAUAUUGAAAUGAAAAGCUACUUGGAAGGGAAUAGUAAAAUGCAAUGCCGAUUCCUUCUCCUUCUUAAAAGUUUUGAAACCCUUGAAUGUGAAACCAAGGGCUUUGCCAGCCUGGUACGGUACUGUAGGAUACCAAGGUGGUGUACUCUGUAAAUAUGAGGUGUGUUUCUAGACUUGUUUUCUGGAGUGACAAAGAAAAAUAAUGAGUUUUUUUUUUCCCUUUCA